GGGCGGAGUUAUGGAAAGACAAGGCUUUAACACGGACAGCCUCUCUCAGUUCUGCGUCUAGACCCUCACCAUCCUGCGGAAACUCUUCAGACGAAUUUCUUCCGAGAGGGAAAGCCACCAACUACUUCGCCAAAAUGAACAAGCUUGCUAUGUUGGUCGUUUGUUGCCUGUUCCUGCAGCUGGCGUCUGGGGCCUCACUCGCAUUCAGUCGCCGCGAAGACACUCGUUCUAGGUGGGCAGAUCUGCAGCGGAAGUUACAUCAGCCGCGGGGUGACACUCCCAUUACACAGUCCGGUCAAAUCGCCGUGCCGACGAUAGCCCGAUACGGUACCACGGAGACAGUAACCCUGAGCCAGGACGAGACGCAGCGGUUCGUGGGGGAGCUGUGCAGCAACUCCUCCAUGGGGAAAGCCGUCAACGUCACGGUGCACCUCCACAACAACGCGGGCUGGGAGCCGGUCCAGGGCGUCGUGGAUGUCUAUGUUGUGGACUCUAACUGCCAGGGUGGAGUGCUAUGCACAAACAAGGAUGACGAUGGCUAUGCAACCGCCUAUUGCCUUAUUGAAUCUUGGCCCUCAUUGAGUAACAUCAUGAUUGUCGUCAAGGCUGGCCCUGUCUCUGGGAUUAAGUUCAGCCUGGCUGCAGAGUUUUACGAGCAGGGCACCCAGCCUGCAGCUCAUGUCAAGACUCACAUGCCUAGCCAUAUUCCCAACUUGCUAGCCAUGGCACCCCUGGACCAACCGGCCAUCACCUUGACCCAGUCCGUAGAGGUCUUCCCGUCCGUCUCCCUCGGCUCCCUGGAGCGGGCCCUGCUGGAAUUUACCUGGUGCAGCGACAACUCCAUGAUCAUGAUCCAGUCCACCGUCAUGUCUUCGGACGGAGAGAGCACCUACGCGCAGUACAUCUGCGAAACACUGCCGUGUGACGUUGGUACGAACAACAUCAUCGAACAGACCGAAUACCUGCCCACCAAUACCGUCCAGACAGACCCCAUGAACAUAGACAACGCAGUAGGAAAAAAAUUGUACGUAGUGGUCACCUCUUGGGGCGGUCCAUACGACUCGGCCGGAAACGCUUACGUUAGCAAUUUCCUGUACAGUGCCAACCAACAUUAAGCCAACGUGUAAACAUAAAACAGCAGCUGACGGUUCAUCUUUAUCAAUUCUAUACGUAGCUUUUAGACGUUUUAGUCACUUUGCGUACAAAAAUGCAUUAUCCUAUAAAAUUGAAAUAUGACGGACACAAUACAGAACGGCGCUAUUUGGUUUGGGUAAAUACAAAAGAGAUGACCCGAAUCAAACAGCGCCCUCCCAUUGUGUCAACCAUAUGACCUUUUAUAGCUUCAGAUAUAGUUUUUGGUAAAACAAAAGUCAGUCUACUAGUAGACUGAAUACGAUAGGAUGUGUUUUAGAUAUUUUUCAAGAUAUAUUUUUGUGGUGUGUUUAUGGAGCUAUAAAAAGGAAUAAACUUUUUCUAUUUUUAUAAUUGUUAAAGGAACAAAUACAGUUUACAUCAUAAACGACUCGUCACUUUUUUUUCAAAUUAUGUUUAAAUUGUUCUGUUUUCCAAUUAAUUGACAUAACAAUUUAUUUGCAAAAAAAAAUGUAAUUUACAAGUUGAAUAUCUGUUAUGAUAUUUUCGCAGUAUGCUGCGAAAAGCCUCAAAUUUCAAGACUUCCAAAAUAGAAAAGACACUGAAAUUGAUGUACCUGUAACUUAGCCUUUUUAGGAAAUAAAAAAUAGAAAAAAACUUAUUCCUUCGGCAAAUCUUUUCACUGUACUAUAAGGCGAUUUAUUCCAUUUAGCCAAGGUGUAGGCCUAUGCAUGUAGUUACAAUACUUCGGCGAUCUGGUCUGGUCCAGUGUGGUCUGGUCCGGUCUGGUCUGGUCCGGUAGCGGUCUGGUUUGGUUUGGUCUGGUUUAAAAAAAGAAAGUUCUUUGUUCGGCCGCCAUUUUCCUCAAAAGUCAUAUUAGUUGAUCUGUUGCCAAAACACCAAAAAAAUAUUGCUAAAAUGGCGGAUUUUUGUCUUCUCUUUUCUUUCUCUCGCAAAGUAUAACUAUGGUUGCGGUGCAAUUUGUAUUCCAAAUUUAUUAAUAAACUUAUCAGCAUAAUGUCUUUGUUUUGAAUUUUGUGUAAUAAUUUUGUUCUGCUAUUUGUUUUUGUUGAUCGAUUUCUCUCAUAAUACCUAGAAGUUGUUCUUCCCUGUUCAGUGAAAUUUUUUCCCGCAAAACAAAUAUUUUCCACACAUUUGUCGGCAAGGUUGACGUCAUACACGUUGCCAAAAUUAGGUCUGUAUAUAUUUUCACAGGAUGAUCAGCAAAGCAUUCCCCAAAGAAAUGUAUUUUUUUUAUGAAUCCUCUGUAAAAAUGAACAUUAAGCUCCGAUAAUGAGACCUUAUCAGGGUGUUCGAGCCAGCCCCCCCCCCUCCAAUAAUUGUAAAGAGUGCCUUUUUUUCAACAACUUUUCUUUAUAAUUUCCAGCAGCCUUACGAGUUGCCUUUUUGGGAAUUUCGGGCGAAUGAAAUGUAG